UGACACCUCAGAGCCGGAGGCGAUCAUGGCAGCGAUGCAAAAUCUACCGACUUCGCUCGCGCUGCUCCUUUUCGUCUCAACUGCCUCAGCUCUGCACAUCCGAGGUCGGCCAGCAGAUGCUCAAGCUACGCCAGUCGCGCAUCUGUUGAAAGCGGCAGCGCCGCCCAUCAUCACUCCUGGUCCCUCUCCCGAACUCUUGGCCGAGCUGAACUUUCCACGCGCGGUGCCAACCAUUCCAGCAUGUGCUACUGACUGCGUCGCUUCCGCCGUUACUAAGUCGACAAACUGCAAGCUGGGGGAUACCUUGUGCGAAUGCAACGCCGCGGACGUCAUCAACAAAGGGGCAGCCCCUUGCGUCCAGAGCGCCUGCGGAUAUGUUGGUGCCGUCCAGGCUCAGGUGGCGGGUGAGCAGCUGUGUAUAAGUGUGCUUGCUGGUCUCAUUCCCGGCUCAAGGUCCGAGUCUACCCCUGAGGCCACUGCUACCAACAAGAAUGACGACGCGCCCAGCCAGUCAUCUGGCUCAUCCCUGUCCAAGGAUCCCUCAUCACCUUCGAACAAGGCAUCCCCAAGUGCUAGUGGCGCCACCUCGGGAGGCUCGUCAGGGAGUUCAGACGGAAGCUCGAACGGAGGCAACAAUGGGUCCUCAGGAAAGUCGGGUUCUGCUGAUUCAGAUGGUUCAUCCGGCUCGGGAGCUCUCCCCAAACACAAAAAGGGACUCUCCGGAGGCGCCAUUGCCGGCAUCGUCGUUGGCGCUGUAGCCGGUAUCGGCCUUGUAGUUGCCGCCAUCUGGAAGUUCUGCCUCAACAAGGCAAAGGGAGGCAACGCUGCCGCUGGAGGAGAUGGAGGAACAACAGCUGCAGCUCCCGCCGUAGCUCAAGUCCCUCCAACCCAGGGCCCUCCUGUUGACCAUAAUAAGCUCACAUCAACGACGCCGCUGUCGACACCCAGCGAGCUUUCAAACAACCCCCACACCGUUUCGAGCAUAUCGCCAUUCCAGGGAUCUGCUGCUACGACGACGCCUCCAAUACAUCCCAAUGCGGCUGAGCUGCCUCAUGGGUCAUAUCCUCAGCCGCCGGCCGCUUAUGCAUAUCCACCGCAUCCGAUGGGACAGGCAUAUCAUGAGGUGCAUGCACAGCCGCCAGAGAUGGCCGGUAGUACGCAUUUGCCGCAGGAGUUGCAUGGUGGAGGACCAGUGUAUGAGAUGGGUAACUAAGCGACUUUGUGAGGGUUCGAAGUGAAUGAGUAUAUGGACUAU